UAAACUUCCGGGUCGCUGAUUAAACUCAACAGUCACCGCCGAUAGCCGCUAACUGGAAGCGAAUAGAAACAUAAGAAAAUCCGGUCAAAAUGCGAACUUCCGCAGUAAAUGUCGCCGUUUUCUCGUUCCUGCAGGUUUUGUUGUCGCUGUCGGGAUUUCAGGAGGUCGUCGAAGCCGCCAGCAGUAGAGGAUUCGGAGAUAACAUCCACUGGAGGACGCUGGAUGACGGCAAGAAAGAGGCCGAGGCCAGCGGGCUCCCCCUCAUGGUCAUCAUCCACAAGAGCUGGUGUGGAGCCUGCAAAGCACUGAAGCCCAAAUUUGCUGAAUCCAAGGACAUCUCUGAACUGGCUCACAACUUUGUGAUGGUCAACCUGGAGGACGAUGAGGAGCCGAAGGACGAGGCCUUCAGCCCAGACGGGGGGUACAUUCCUCGGAUUCUUUUCCUCGAUCCCAGCGGCAAAGUCCAUCCAGAAAUCACUAAUAAAAAUGGGAACCCCAACUACAAGUACUUUUACAGCAAUGCAGAACAAGUCGUGUCCGGUAUGAAGGAGGCCCAGGAGAAGCUGACAGGCGACGCUUUCAAGCAGCUCCACACCGGAGACGAGCUGUGAGGCGGCGGCGGGCGUCGGGCUGUAAGGGCUACACUUCCUCCACCACCAAACGAACCCCUUCCUCUGUUUCUACUCCGGCAGUGGGUCCAGCUCACCGACUGAACCGAGCCAACCCUCAGAGGUGCUUCAGUCCUUCCCUCUCGAUAACCAAUGUUUUCUAAACGCCAUGUUACUGUACUUCCUGUCUGUAGAGGAUGAAACCAACUCCAGCUAGCCACGUUAACGUUCACCUUUUCAACACGCCAAGUUUUUAAACUGACUGAAAUGUUUGAUUAACCCUCCUGUUGUCUUCAGUUAUGGGCACCCAAAAAAUAUUCUUUGUCUGAAAAAAAUUCAGCAAAAAAAUUCCCCCAAAAAAUUCUUCUUCAGGAAGAAAAUUCCAAUAAUUCCUGAAAAGUUUUAUUUUUAAAAAAUCCCCCUAGUUUGGCAAGAAAAUUCUUGUAAAUAUUUUCUAAAAAUCUUCCAAAAAAUCCUAAAAAGAUCUAAAGUGAUUACAUAUAUAUCAGUAAAACUUGUAAUAUUUUCUUUAAGAACAUGAAUGUGCUUAAAGAAACAUUUUUUUUUUUUAGGAGUUUUUUCCCACCAAAAAAAGUUCAAAAAUGUGGACAUCAGAAGUUAUUUUUUUCCACAUUUUCAAACUUUAGAAUGGUCAAUUUUGACCCGCAGGAUGACACGAGGGUUAAAUCUUCUGGUAGUUUUAGUCGAUCCAGUAUUUCAUGUUGAACUCCUCCAGUGAUGUGCUUCCAGAGAUCCUCUACAGUCCGUUGGUUCCGUCUGUGAUAACAUUCAUCAUGUGUCUUUUAAAAGAAUAAUUAUUCAUUUAAUCAUGCCAGUUUCUGUAUAAUUAUUCUGCUAUAUCUAUGUUUUGUUUUGCUGCUCGUGAAGUGACUCCACCCCUCGUUUUUUACUGGCCUUGUUAGACUCUUUAAAUGAGGGACGGAGCGUUGGUUAAGUGUCCUGAUGUAUUUUAUACACGUACACGGACAAGUGUGCAAAUAAAGUUUGUUGUAUUGACUGAG